CGUCGCCCCUUAAACAUGGGCAAAAAACACCAACCAUGCCAAAGGCCAUCGCCACCUGACGUAAAACGCCGUUUCGCGGCCCACCAACGGCGGCCUCUGGAAUCAAGCCUUUAAAGGGACCGGCCGGCACACGUUGCUUUGCAGGUUCAGCGCUCGUAUCCCCCCCUUCCACUUCCGCUGAUCAGGACCCAAUGCGAGCAACGUCAAGCAUCGCAAGCGCGGGCGACUAAGCGGUUAGCGGCUCCUCGACUCUCCAUCUCGGCUAACGAGAAGAAGAGGGGUGCCAACGAGCAAGGGAAGAAGAAAAAAGGCAAAGACUGGAAACCUAGAGCGUUAUUACGACAUUUAUGACGGCUGUGGAGCAUCCCCCUGAUCGCCUGAUAAUGACUCGCGGGCGCGCAAGCCGCCACUACCGAAGAGACUGACGGCCUCCUCCCGCUGUCCCAAGAGUCCGAGAGUCCCAAGAACAGAAGAGCAAUUGUUGUUGGUUGGCAUAUCCGUACACUGGCUGGCCUCUUAUCUACCACUCACUCACUCGUGACCAUCGGUAGAGUAUCUAGUUUACCCUAGCUGAAAGAUACCCUUGGUUCCCCCGGCCAUCGGACAUUUGGGAAAACUGCCCAGGACACCGGAAACUAGACUGAUGGUUUUUUUCCCCUCUUAGACAACUGGACUGUGCUCCUGUUUUUGUCCAUUUUGCUCUCUGGUUCUCUUAUCGUCUACCAAACUCCCAUUUCCCCCCCCGCCCCGGUGACCCUCGAGUUCCUCUCAACAUCGAUCAAAAUCUCCCAGACGGCUUGCGUGCGCGCACUGGACGGACAGUUGCGGAUCCCCACCUGUCAUCCCACCGGGAGCAUUCCGCAAACGACCCCGUUUUUGAUCUCGGGGAAUUCGAGAAGAAGAAUAAGGGGAAGGGAAGCAACCCUCGCCCGGCCAUCUGUAGAGGAGGAAGAGACAUGGAGUAAAGGGGGCGCGUCGGUCAAACUUGCUCGACAUAUUGUCACGAAGCCGCCAGAUAGGCAAACUCGACUUCCAUCCAAGGGGGGAAACCAACAUCUACAUCUGGGGACCAUUAUUAUACAAAUCAACCCGUUCUUGGCUGCCAGCGUGGAUCAACAGCUACGCCGCCCACGCAGAGACAGCAACAACAUAAAGCCGAGCAUCCAUCACCAACAUCAAAUAUCAAAUAUCAUCAUCAAUAUCAACAUCACGGACAACGGUCGGCCAUGACGACCACGUCGGACCCCAACCCGUUGACGACCCAGCGCGGCGCGGCGCCUCUGACGACCGUCUUCACGACGCCCGACUUCUGCAAGGAACUGUACUGGACAAACACCAUCACGCCGCCGCUGUCGAGCGUCGUGUGCAUGCCGACGUCGUGGCACCAGCUCUACGACUACAGCUGGGGCUACUACUCCCCGGGCAUCUGCCCGUCGGGCUAUACCGAGGGCUGCGCGUUCCCGACAUCGCUGGCCACGUCCAAGGACGGCGGCAUCCGCCUCGGCGGCCCCGUCGUCGAGGGCGAGACGGCGCGGCUGUGCUGCCCGACGGGCCACACGUGCUACACCGACUCGUGGGCGUACAGCAAGUGCAUCUCGACGGUGCCGACGACGUCCUUCUACAACAGCGACAACCAGCCGACGUCGCAGCUCGCCCUGGUGUUUGCCGUGCAGGUGCGGUGGCGGGCGUCGGACCUGAGCAUCCUCGAGACGGACCCGACGGUCCCGGGGGCCACGUACACAGGACUGACGUCGACGGGGGUUGCAGGUAGUAGCGGAGCGACGGCCGCGCCAUCGACAGGGACGGGAGGCGGAACCGGAACGAGAGCGAGCGGAUCGGCCGCCACGGCCACGGCCACGUCGACGACGACGACGGCGACGGACGGAUCGGGCACGGGAGGAGGGGGAAGUCAGGGCAUCUCGGUGGGCACGACGAUCGCCAUCGCCGUCGGCUCGGUCGCAGGGACGCUGGCCCUCGCAUUACUGGCCUUCGUCCUCCUCUGGCGGCGACGGCGGCGGCGGGACGCGCAGAAGGCCGCCAGCGCCCACGCGCACGACAGCGACGCCAAGUCGGACUCCCUCGCGGCUCCGGCGCUGCUGGCGCACAAGGCGGCGUCCGGCAAGACGUCGCUUGACAUCAUGUCGCCGCGGCCGGGGUCAGGAACGACAGUCGUCGGGGACGGGCCACUGCACUCGCCGCACACGCCGACGGCGACCGCCGCCGCCGCCACGGGCACGGGCACGGGCACGACGACGCAGCUCGACUCGACGGCGGUCAUGGAGAUGGAGACGUUGGAGAGGCCGCAGGAGCUGCCGGACGACAACGCCGUCUUCGAGAUGGAGGGCGACAUGCCGGGCCCGCCGCUGUACCGGGAGAAGGAGGGGUGGCCUCUCCGGUGGUGAGAUAAUUCGUGAGGCUCGCGUCGUUUCGGUAUGCGUUUUGUGCGUCUUUGGGUUUAUGUAGCGCCGGAGUUUUGUGUGCAACGGAUAGGAUUACGAGUGUGCUUUAGGGCCAUCUGAGCCAAAGAAUGCCUUGGGAGAGAAUAACAGUCCAUGGAGACUGAGAUUCAGUUACACGAAAUAAACCUAAUCAACCCUGUUUUCUGUCUCAG